AUGAAAGAGCAAAAUCUUCAGAAGAAAAUACAGCAUCUGCAAAGCAUGCUGGGUGAAAUAAAUCGGUAUCUGCAGGGCUCUGCAUCCAAACCCCCGGGCAUGAUCUCCCGGCUGCUCGAUGAAAAAACGCGGUUGACCUCCCAGCUUCGAGAGCUCAACAACAUGUUUAUAGGAAAGUCUGAAGAACAGGAGGGCCAAAUAGGGAAUAUGUCUUCUGCAUACAGCGUGGCAGGAAAGAUGGAAAAAGGAAGAGAGUACCCGCACACCGAGCCGCAGUACAACGAUCCUCUGGACAAAAGAAUCGAUAUCGACGAUAUUCUUUUGGAGAUGGGGAUUAAAACAGGCGCAGACGAGUCGUCUAAAAGGAUCCUGCUAAGCGGUGCAGACAUUUUCAUCGACAAUUUAAUAUCCACUGCGUGCUCGGUGGCCAGAAAUAAAAACAUGGAGGAAAUUACAAAAGAGGAAAUACUCUUUGCGCUGCUGAUGGAAAGAAAAACAGAGCUGUACAACAGAGGCACGACUGUAAAACACAGAGACCCUGACAAAGAGCACACAAGGCGUCUUCAAAUGAUAAAAAAGGACCAAAAGAGGUAUCUGGGAAAUGAAUAG